AAAAUUUUGAGUCUGAUUCGGGGAAAGUGUAGAUAGAUAAUCUAUUUCAGCAUUAGAUUAGUCGAUUCAGAGUUAGACUAAAUUAUAUCUAGAUCUAGUCUCUAUCUAUGGUGCUAGAUCUAUUCUAGUUUGAACAUGGCGUCUACUUUGUCUUUGCAUACUUCUAUUGAUAGCUUUCAUUUUUUGUGGCGUCAAAUAGAAAAUGAAGUUUACAAUAGCUUCACAGGUCUUCGAGACAAGUUUGCAAUUUUAGGUGCUUGGUAUGCAACGAGGAAAACAGUGGGGAUAAUCUAUUGUUUUGUAGAUGCUGUUCGCAUUCAUUUCUUUAGUGGAAUGAAAGUAAACUGGAUAGAAAAGUACGGACCAUGGGCUGUUAUCACAGGAAGCAGUGAAGGCAUUGGUUACUCUUAUGCUUAUGAAUUAGCCCAGCGAGGACUGAAUGUGGUACUUAUAAGCCGAAAUGAAAGGAAGCUGCAAAAAGCUAAAGCCCAGAUUGAACUAGAUUGUAAAGUGCAAGUGGAGUAUAUUGUAGCAGACUUCUCUGAUGAAAACCAGACAGAACUGUACAGUAACAUUGGCAAAAAAUUAUCUGACAAAGAAAUAGGCUUGCUUGUUAACAAUGUUGGAGUGAUGUAUGAUUAUCCUGAUGUUUUAUUGAAUGUUGCAACUCAGAAAAUCUGGCAACUUAUACAUGUUAACAUUGGAGCUGCCACUUUGAUGACACAUAUGCUGCUUCCUGAUUUGGUCAAAAGAAAAAAAGGGGGUGUGGUUGUCAUAUCUUCUGGCUCCUCCACUCAGAUAACUCCUCAGAUGACUGUGUACUCAGCUACUAAGCGUUAUUUGGAUUAUUUUAUUCAUGGAUUGGCUUAUGAGUAUCGCAACUCUGGAGUUGUCUUUCAAUGCUUGAUUCCAUUCUACACAGCCACAAGAAUGACUGGCUAUAGUGAGAGGCUGUCCAACACAAGUGUAAUGAUCCCUGAUGCUGCAAGGUAUGCCAAAAGUGCUGUGAAGACAUUAGGAAGAUCUGCUUGUACCACUGGAUACUUCCCUCACACCCUUCAGUUAUGGAUCUCUAGAGCUGUGCCUCUGUGGUUGUGGAUGUGGACCUCAGAAAAACUGAACAAUUCAUUGAGAAGAGAGGCUCUAUCUCGUCAGUCAAAGAAAUCCCUCAAGUUCACAUCAGGAGAGAUGGGAACAUCCUUUGAUAGCUAGAAUCUAAGGUGUUUUAUUUAUUGACUAGUCUAUUGAACAUAUUUUAAACUGUUAAAUGUAGGAUAUACAAAUUAUAGCAGCAUUAGAACAUUUCAACACUUAAUUUAUUGAAUGUACUUUUACUGUAUGUUGAUGUAAUAUUUGUACAUCUCAUGCAACAGCAAGGAAGCCUGCUAACUUAAAUUAUAAUAAAAUAUAUAUUAAAAAAGGAGUAUAAUGUUUUUUUCAUUAACUGAUUAUUUGAUCAAACUGUGAAGUAGGUUUUACUAUCUUUCGAAUAUUCAAUUAUCAAAUAUUUUUAUGCAAAUAUUUAUUAAUGAACCAAGUGUUUUAUAUAUUAUAUAUAAAUAUAUAUAUAUCUUCCUGUUUGUGAUUUAAAAACAGCCAGGAGAUAUUCUGAGGACCGGUAUGACUUUUUACCCUUAUACUCUACUGGCUUUUCAUCAUUAAUAAAAAAAAAUACUAAUUGUAAACUUAAAAAACGUAUUUAUUUGAGCCAUUAUCACAUUCAAGUCUACUCAACUUUUUCUAUGCUUUUGAUAUGAAAAUAAGUUUAAUGUACAGUUUACUGCAUUUAAACUCUCAAAUUCAUCCUAUUCACAAUAAUCAUUUUCUUCCAUCUUGUACACAAUAAAUGUGUUAAGUUCAGUAACAUUGUCUUUUUUUUUUUUUUUUUUUUUAAACCAUCUCUGCAUUAUGGGAUUUUGUGUAUAUAUUGCUAAAUCUUUGAAUUAUCAAAGAGGCAUGAUAAGUGGCAGCAAAAGUACUUGACAAUACACAAAAUUUGAUGAUAAGCCAUGACAUGUAUCCAGCUGAAGGUUAUACUUUGAUAAGAAAUAACCAUGACAUUAAUUUGGUUCCUAUCUUGCUUUCAUUAUAUAAAACAAUAAACAAAAUCUAUGAUUUUUAUUGAUGCAAAAGCAUUAGAUUUUUUUUUGUUCUUAUUGAUAGCUUAGAAAAAUAAAAGGACAAUAGUAUGAUAUAAGAUUCAGAAGGACUAGCCAAUAAGUACAUGAAAUAUACAAUUGUAUCAUUGUAAAUGUUCAUUUAUUAUCAAAACUAAACUAUAUAAAAGUUUUGUUUCAUUUAAUUUCACGGGAACAAAUAUCACCUCAAUCUUCAGAAUCGAAGAUAAUGCCAUUAAUAUAUCAACCGAACAUAUAAACAAUGAAUAUUUCAUUGAUACUCAAUACUGAGUUUCUCAAAAAAUGGAUGUAUAAUAUUUAGAACAUCACCUGAACAACAUGGUAGAUUAUAUCAAUGAGAGGGCAAUAAAUGCCUCAAUUAAUAAAUCUACAGCAAAAAAAAAAA